AUGUGGGGCGCUUUGGCUAAAAUGCUGGACUUUGGAACCUGUGUGUUAAAGUGUUUGAUCCACAUGGGCUUUGGAGGACAGUGCCUCUUCAGACCGCCUCUUGAGAACAUCAUCAAGGAUGCUACUGGUAUCAAAAGCACCCAUCUUCCUCAGCAGAAGAAACCAAAGGAACGGACUAACGGUUCCAGUGAUUUUACCUUCACCCCAUUAGAAAAGAACAAACUAAAAUUUGAGGAAUUUACAAAUGAUUUUGCUAAGGAACUUUUGGAAUACAAGAAAAUCCAAAAAGAGAGGAAGCGUUCCUAUUCAAGGUCUAAAUCUCCUUACUCUGGAUCAUCCUACAGUAAAAGUUCUUACACCUACUCCAAAUCCAGAUCUUCGUCGAGAUCACGCUCCUAUUCUCGCUCUCACAGCCGGUCGCGCUCUCGGUCAUUCUCACGAUCCCCUUCAUACCAGAGGAAAGCCCACGGAAAGGGCCGUGCUUACCGCUCUAGAUCACGUUCUCAUGGCUAUCCCCGCUCGAGAUCAAGGUCCCCGUACAGGAGAUACCAUUCCCGAUCCAGAUCUCCUUCAUUUAGACCUCCAUCUCCUAACAAUAAGAGACUACUACCCCAAAUUGAAGGGGAACGGGAUUUCAUCAACCGUUACCGCGAACUCCCACCAUAUGAUGUCAAGGCAUUGUGUGGCCGGCAGCCUGAUCUUAGGGAUCCUUUUGAAAAGGAAGCUUUUAGAGAGUGGGAACGGAAGUACAGAGACUGGUAUGAAAAGUAUUAUAAAGGGUGUGGGGUUAAUGCUGUGCCACGACCAAGGUCCCCUCUUGGUAGGGAGAACUUUCCAGACAACCGAUAUCUCCUUCCCCCUCAGGCCCGGAGGGAACACUCUCCGUAUAAUCGCGGUCACAGAGACAAUUAUCCUCCCCCUCUUGUUCCUCGAAUUCGUCCUUUAGUUAGCAGUUAUCCUGAAAAGGUAUUGCCCCGUGAUUCCCAUGUGGUGAAAGAAUCAAGACGAUCUAAGGAGAGGGAAACUUUUACCCCAGCUGGAGAUUCCCGAGGAAACAAACACAAGAAACAUCGCAAAAAAAGGAAGGAGGAGGGCGAAGGUCCUUCUAAACCUGUUGUUGAACCUUCCAGAAAGCGACGAGACUCCUAUGGGGAAGAAGUUAAAAAAAGUGAACCCCUUUUUGUUCCCACAAGCAAAGAUGAUGCUACCCCAGUUAGGGAUGAGCCUAUGGAUGCAGAGUCUGUUGCUCUAAAAUCACUUUCUGACAAGGACAGAAGGGACAAACCCAGAGCGAAACCUGAAAAGACAAAACGCCGAACAGAUGGUGUCCAGCCCAAAAAAGAGAGCUCUUCCAAAGCGGUCGUCAAGACUGAGAAAGCAAGCAGCGAUGGAGAUAAAGCAAAGUCGUCACCUGUUGAACCCCCCGCAAAGAAAAUCAAAGAGGAGACCCAAAAGACAGAAAACGCCAAGCAUACUACCUUACCAAAGGAUGAGAAAUCCAGCAUGCUGCCACGCAAAGUUCAUCUCAAAGCACUGAAAGAAAAUCAAGACAGUAAACAAGCCAAGGAUGACAAAAACAAAAAGGACCAUUCCAAAGAUUCCAAACAGGACAACCCACCAGCUAAAGAUGAAAAGGUUAAAAAAGCUGUAGAAAAACCUAAACCCGUGGACCCCAAGCCUGAAAAGCGCAAGCGAAAAACAGACGAGAAGGCAUGUGACAAAGGGCAGGAUAAAACACCUGUUAAGACUGCUAAAGCGGAGAUGACUGAAGCUUCAAAUCCACCUGUCCCCAAAGUCCCCAAGACGGAGCCAGAAGUGACAAAGUCCGAGAAGGUCCCAGAGAAAGAGAAAGCCGCCUCCACCCCCACGUCAACUGUGAAAAAGAUCAAGUUAAAUCGUGAAACUGGCAAGAAGAUUGCCAACUCUGAUGCUCCUGGCGUGCCAGAGGAGACCCAAGAGAAGAGCGAGCCUGCUGCUGUUGCCAAAGCGAAAUCAGAACGUGCUAAGGGGAAAGUGAAGAGGAAAAUACCUGCUGCUGAUGGGUCUGGUUCUACCCUCGUAGAUUACACUAGCACUAGCUCCACUGGUGGAAGCCCUGUUCGGAAAGGAGAAGAGAAGCAAGAUACCAAGAGAACCGUUAUUAAGACGAUUGAAGAAUACAACAAUGACAGCACAGCUCCCCCGGAGGAUGUCAUUAUAAUGAUUCAGGUCCCUCAGUCAAAAUGGGACAAGGAUGAGUCUGACGAGGAUAAUACAAAAGAUCCACAGGGAGUAUCCAAUGCUGGCAAGCCAGUGAGCGUUGUGACAAAACCAACGUCUACUGUAAUCUUGCCUGAAAAAGAGGUUGAAAAAUUAAAAACAACCAGAGAUCCGAAAGAGGACGUGUCACAAGAUGGAAAACCUCCCAAAGAUAGUUCAUCUCUAACCAAGGUCAAAGCAAAAGACAAAGGCAGUCCAGCUGUUGAUGACAAGAAAAGCAAUUCUGAACGCAGCCAGCCUUCUUCCAAAGAGAGGGCACCUGAGAAAGCAGAUUCUAGUCGUGGAAGCUCCAGCAAGGACUUCACCCCCAAUCGGGAGAAAAAAGACAGGAAACCGGACUAUGACAGUCGGGACCGCAGCAGCUCGAAGAGACAGGAUGAGCGGAGAAAAGACUCUCCAAACAGAACAAAAGAAACAUCCUCUUCUUCCCAAAAACAAAGACCCAAGGACACGUCCAGUGACGCCUCUAAGAAGGCAAGUAAAGACUCUAAAAGUAGCCCAGGGCAAGAGCACACAUCAAGGACUGAGCAGAAAUCCUCAGACAAUAAACCUCCAAGCAACGGCCAACCGUCCUCUGACAAAAAUGGUGACCGAGGGAAGGAGAAAGUCCCCAAGUCAAAAACGGAUGACACGGGUGACAAAAAAUCCUCUGUCUCUAAACGCUCUUCCCCCGAAACAAAAACCGAGAAGGAGGUUAGCGAAAAGGACUCUUCAAAGACCAAGGUGCACCAAAGCCGAUCCACGCGGCUCUCGGCAGACCUGACCAGAGAGACAGACGAAGCUGCCUUUGUGCCUGACUACAAUGAGAGCGAUAGCGAGGCUUCUGUCAAACAGGAAGAAGUCGCCCAAGACCCUCAGGAUCCUAAAAACAAGGAUGAGGAACCAGUGCAAAACGCAGAGCCAGGAGACGGCAGCUUACCUGCCACUGCUCCGAGCAGCCGAACGGCAAGCCACAGCCGUAGCCACAGCCCUGCGGAGUCUCUCAGCCGCAGCAGCAGCGCCAGCUCAGCAGGCAGCCAAGACAGCAAGAAAAAGAAGAGGAAGAAGGAGAAAAAGAAACACAAGAAACAUAAGAAACACAAAAAGCAUAAGAAGCACACCGGCAACGAGUCAGAGACUGAAAAGAGCCAAAAACACAAACAUAAAAAAAAGAAAUCUAAAAAGAGCAAAGACAAAGAGACUGACCGAGAGGAGGCUAAAACGAAGCCCCCAGCACCCAACUAACGGCUUCAGAUGGGACAAUAUUCCACCUUGUUACCUUGACAUUUUUUUUUUUCCAUCCAUGUAAUGUAUACAUUCUUGCUCUGUAAAUAAUGGGAAAUUGUGCCACAACUAAUGUAUUGAUUUGUCUUUUACAUUAGAGCUUUAUAAAAAAAGAAACAAAACAAUUUUGUACAGAAAUGCGUUUGUUGUGACCGCGUUUGCAAAAUGAUCAUUUUUUUUAUUUAUCUCUUCUGCCAAUUUGCUUUUUAUUCAGGUGGGAAUUAGUGUACUGUGAAGAAAAAAAAAAGAAAUAAAAGAAACUUUAUUUUUGUUAGAACUUUUAAGUUAAC